AUGAUAUUGUGUGAAACUGAUAACUCUACCUCUACAGAGUCCACCAUGCAAAAUGAGGAGACUAUGAUGGAAAAACCAAGUCAACCGAUGGAUAUCGGGGAGGAAGGAGGAAACGACGAUGACAUUCUGGUACCUUUGAGACCUCUGAUGGAUAUUGAUAUGGUGGGACCGGACCACACGCUAUCCACAGAAACGACUUCACCCAUGACAAUCAUCGAAAGCUCAACGGAAACGCACCAAUCACGAAAGGUAAGAGGGCCAUAUAGACGAUACACUGAACAUCAGAUUGAACAAUUAUUUGAUUACGUGAUUAAGCAGGGUUAGGACUGCCAAGCAGGCUGCGCUCUUGACUGGAAUUAACGUCAGGACAGCGCAACACUACAUCAAAACAUACAAUGACGAUGACGAACGACGAUUACCGAUAAGUGGUAGAAAGCCAGGAGCUGGCCGUAAGUCUAAGUUGACAGACGACCAUUCG